AUGGCCAGUAUUGAUCGCUAUAGGCCGUCUAAAGAGGCAUACCAGCCUCCUAACCUGCCGCCGGGGCCGCCACGACCGGAUCGACUUUCACGAUCUCCAGCGCGUCGCCUCGAUGUUCCGCCAGCUGUUCCAUCACCACCUACGCACUCUUCCCGGACUUCGCCACCGCGACCUCUCUCUCAACGCGAUACGCGCUCGCCACAGCGCUCAAGGGCGCAGACACCAGGCCCCCCGCCCAACCAGUGGUACUUCACUGCCGACGAGACGCUGAGCACGCCGAGUGUUCUGGAUGGCAUUUCUCCGGUAGAAGAACGAUUGCGAAGAGCCAAGGGUAUCAAUUUCAUAUACCAAGCAGGUGUCUUGCUUGAUCUGCCACAGAUCACUCUCUGGGUCGCAGGUGUCUUCUUCCACCGAUUCUACAUGCGUUACAGCAUGGUAGAAGAGAAGGGUGGCAUUCACCACUAUAACAUCGCGGCCACGGCGCUGUUUCUCGCGAACAAGACGGAGGAGAACUGCCGGAAGACGAAGGAGAUUAUCAUCACUGUGGCAAAGGUUGCUCAGAAGAACCCCAAGCUUAUGAUUGAUGAGAUGAGCAAAGAGUACUGGCGGUGGAGAGACAGCAUCCUCAUGUACGAGGAGCUCAUGCUGGAGUACCUGACGUUUGAUCUCAUGGUCGAGAACCCAUACCAACGCCUCUUUGAGCUUCUCGGCCAGCUUGACAUUGUCCACAACAAGCAUCUCCGACAGUCGGCUUGGGCGUUCUGCAGCGACGCUUGUCUUACGUCCAUUCCCCUUCUGCUUGAGGCUCGCGAUGUUGCCAUCACUGCGAUCUUCUUCGCCAGUGUACAUACCAAUCAGAAGAUUGACGACGUCAAUGGCGAACCCUGGUGGAAAGCCUUGAAAGGAAACGAGGAGAAGUGCGCGAAAGCCAUUGACAUUGUGCGACAGUUCUAUACCGAGAACCCGCUCCGCAAACAGAACCCGUCCUUGCCUUCGCCGGCCUUCGACUUGGCCAAUACUAGACAGCCAAGGGAUCCGAUGAGCCAAGACGCCCUGUCGUCCACAGCGGGCACGCCUUUUGAGCUGGACAGGGGGACACAGAGCCCGAAAGCUAGGGUUAAUGGCCGAGACGAUGUCACUAAUACCGAAUCGGGCUCACAGGCUACUCUGAAGGAGCCGGAGAGGCCGAACGGCAAUGGUGCUACUUCUCCCGGCAAGCGGAAGGAAGUUGAUUCCGACACCGAGGGCAGAGACCAGAAACGAGCUCGACUCUCGGAUGAAGACGAAGGGGAGGUUUUGGACUAG